UCCCAUAACGUUACACACGGAUACCCCGGCGCCAUUGCGAUAGUACGAAGAACCAGUAAUCAGGAUUCCACAACGUUUCUUUCCAACCGCUGAUAAAAAUCAAGAAGAAGAAGAAGAAUCAUUCCACUACAUUGACCGCACGAAGAGAACCACGAUGGUGGUGUAUUGUUGGGUUAAAGGGUGUAAAAGCAGAGGCGACAAAAAAGUGAAGAGGAGUUUUCACUACAUCCCCAAAGUCAGAACAACAGAAGGUGAGCAAACUUUGCGACUUAGCAUCGAGCGUCGACAAGUGUGGCUAGCUAAUAUCCGGAGGAAAGAGCAACCUUCCAGUACAUCACGGAUUUGCUCCGAUCACUUUAUUAGCGGCAGACCUGCAGAUUUGUACGACAGAUCCAACCCAGAUUGGGCCCCUACCUUGAAGCUGACCAAAGAAGCAACUCCCGAGGAAAUUGAGCUAAGAAGGAGACUCUCUGAAGCCAAUUUGAAAAGAUAUCAAAGAGCAAAGUACCGAUCUCACAGAAAGAACAAGAUCAAUGCAGCCACUGCCUUGCUGGAUCAUCAUUAUGCGCAGGGAGCAAAUUUCACUGCAUCACCACUUCCUGGUUCAGCUUCAAAGCUUCCUGGUCCUACCUCAGAUCUUCAUUUUGUCAAAACAUGGAUAGUAAUUCCUCAUGAACGAAUAGUAGCUUCCAAUGAUGAUUGUAUAAGGGGAGAGGUGGAGAAGACAAGGGCUGAAACAAUUAAUCACAGCGAUGAUGAUGAUAAUGAUGAUGAUGAUGAUGAUGACUCGAUUAUUGAAGUAAUCAUUGACUAAUUUUAGUCCAGUUAAAACUGUGAAAAAUAAUUUUUAACUGGAUAAUACAGACUCUGAAAAUGUUAUUUUCUGAAAAACAACACAAUCGGAGUGGAUAAUGAGCUAAAACUGUACAAAA